AUGGUCGAAGGCAGCCCUCGGAGAGUCUCAGUAUCCCAAGAAGUGAAAAUAAAAACUUCUCUAGACCUCACUGAUGAUGAAGAACAUUCGAUUCAGAAACAUCAACACGAGAGCAUUCGCAAGACAGAGUCGGAGCCUGGAUCGCGUCCUUACAGCCCUGGCAGCUCCCGCUGGAAGAAGCUUCGCACGACCGUCCAGCUAAGCAACGCGGUCGCCCACCAUCGGAAACCGCCCUUAAAGAGAGAGGACUCCUUCCUGAAGAGAUUCUCGACGAGGCCGCCCAACCUCGAGCCCGAUGAACCGACUCAGAGGGCGCCCGGGGACCGGUGGCUGGUACGAAACACGGUCCUGAACCCCGACGAGUCCCUGCUGUUCGGGUGGCUCUGGAUGGUCACUUUGUGUGGGCUCUACAACAGUUGGACGCUCAUCGCACGUCAAGCCUUUCCCGAGCUACAGGGGGCCCACGAACUUCUUUGGCAGAGCCUCGACUGGUGUUCAGAUCUGGUGUACCUCCUGGACAUAGCAGUGCAGUUUAGAACAGGAUAUCUGGAGCAAGGAAUCAUGGUGCGAGACGGAGUGCAACUGGCCAAGCACUACGUAGCCUCAAGGGACUUUUUCUUAGAUGUAGCAGCAUUAGUUCCUCUUAGGUUCAUGCACAAUUUUUUCGGAGAGUCCCCAUUACUUCGUUUCCCCAGGUUUCUAAAGGCUCGACGCAUUUACAAGUUCUACUACGCUGUUGAAUCCCGAACAGCAUAUCCGAAUCUGUGGCGCGUCGCCAACCUCAUCCAUGUAUUACUGCUCCUGGCCCACUGGUUCGGCUGCUUUUACUACAUGCUUUCAGAGCUUGAAGGAUUCCAAGGACAAUGGGCUUACAAACAUCCCGAAAAUGAACGAUCUCCAUUGGUCAGAAAAUACCUUGGAUCCGUCUACUGGUCGACUCUCACGUUGACUACGAUUGGUGACCUGGCCACUCCGGCAACCAAUCUCCAGUACCUGUUUACGAUUAUCAGCUAUUUGAUAGGCGUGUUUAUUUUUGCUACAAUAGUCGGUCAAGUAGGUAAUGUGAUAACUAACAGAAAUGCUAGCAGAUUGGAGUUUGAAAGGCUGUUGGAUGGAGCCAAACUGUACAUGCGGCAUCAUAAAGUUCCUAAGGGUAUGCAAAGGAGGGUACAGCGUUGGUAUGACUACUCUUGGUCAAGAGGUCGCAUGCAAGGUGGUGGAGACAUCCAUUCAGCCUUAGGGAUUCUUCCAGACAAGCUGAAAACAGAGUUGGCCAUUCAUGUCAACCUCAAAACCCUGAAAAAGGUAAGCAUUUUUCAAGAAUGUCAGCCGGAGUUCCUACAUGAUCUCGUGCUCAAAAUGAAGGCGUACAUCUUCACCCCUGGUGACCUGGUGUGCAGGAAGGGUGAAGUGGCCAGGGAGAUGUUCAUCAUAGCUGAUGGAAUCCUUCAAGUCAUUAAUGAAAAGGGACAGGUGCUAACUCAAAUGAGAGCGGGAGAUUUUUUCGGAGAAAUUGGCAUCUUGAAUCUUGAUGGAUUUAACAGGCGAACAGCCGAUGUCCGCUCAGUUGGUUAUUCUGAAUUGUUCAGUCUAUCUCGAGAAGACGUGCUAUCUGCAAUGAAAGACUAUCCAGAAGCAGAAGCGAUUCUCCAGUCCAUGGGAAGAAGGCGCUUGAUGGAAGCCAGAAUGACCAACUCUACAGACAAAUCUCAAAUUUCGGAGAAUUCGGAGAGAGCAGAGUAG